UUGAUAGUCUCUGUUUUAGUACUGUCUGUUUCACUUAAUGCAAUAAAAAGCACAUUCACCCAUAGAUUAUGGUUUGAGAGAUGGGAGAAGAUUAAGAAGAGCAGAAAAAGCCUAUGUUGUAGCCAUUUGACUUUGCCCCACCAAGUGAAAAAGCAAGUGAUGUGUUUGAUGGGAGAAGACAUAUUCUCUGGUUCCAGCCGUUUGAAGAACGAACGGAAAAAUGAAAAAGAGUAGGCCUGAGAGAUGGGAGAAGAUUCCCCAACAAAAAGCCAAGAUUCUCGAGACACACACAAAAGGAGACUUCGGUAGUGGUGCUGGCCCUGAUCUCCGAGUUAGUUCUACGGUUACAAUCAAAUGGCGAAGCAGCACGAUGGGCUCCCGAUACCCGUGUUUUCAUCACUGGAGCCUGUCUACGGCGACGGCUCCCCGCUCGAGGAGGCCCAGCUUCGAUUUGACAAUCUCAAGUCCAAGUUUCUCGAGGUUUUUGGUCAUCCUCCUCACGUCUUUGCUCGCUCUCCAGGAAGAGUGAACUUGAUCGGGGAGCACAUUGACUACGAAGGUUACUCGGUGCUGCCGAUGGCAAUACGGCAAGACACGGUAGUGGCAAUCCGAAAGCACGAUGAGGGAGACGCAGAAAAGGUUCUCAGAAUUGCUAAUGUCAAUGAUAAGUACACCAUGUGCACGUAUCCCGCUGAUCCUGACCAGGAAAUUAACUUGAAGGAUCACAAGUGGGGCCAUUAUUUUAUUUGUGGGUACAAAGGCUAUUAUGAAUACGCUAAAUUAAAAGGAGUUAAUGCUGGUUCACCAGUUGGACUUGAUGUUCUUGUGGAUGGAACAGUUCCUACAGGAUCUGGAUUAUCAAGUUCUGCUGCAUUUGUUUGCUCUUCCACAAUUGCUAUCAUGGCUGCUUUUGAUGUGAACUUCCCGAAGAAAGAAAUUGCCCAACUUACAUGUGAAUGUGAACGACACAUUGGGACACAAUCUGGCGGAAUGGAUCAGGCAAUCUCUGUAAUGGCCAAAUCUGGGUUUGCAGAGUUGAUUGAUUUCAACCCUAUUCAAGCUACUGAUGUGGAACUUCCUGCUGGUGGGAUUUUUGUAGUAGCCCAUUCUCUGGCAGAAUCUCAGAAAGCAGUCACAGCUGCUACAAAUUACAAUAACAGGGUUGUUGAAUGCCAGCUGGCUGCUAUUGUGCUUGGUAUAAAGCUGGGAAUGAAACCAAAAGAGGCAGGAUCAAAUGUGAAAACACUUUCGGAUGUUGAGGGGUUGUGUGUAUCAUUUGCCCGUGAUCAUGGAUCUUCCGAUCCUGUCCUUGCUGUUAAGAAAUUCCUGAAAGAGGAACCAUAUACAGCUGAAGAGAUUGAAAUGAUCAUGGAGGAAAAGCUUCCAUCAGUUUUUGGCAAUUCUCCAACUUCUCUCGAUGUGUUGAAAGCUGCCAAGAACUUUAAGUUGCAUCAGCGAGCUGCUCAUGUGUAUUCUGAGGCCAGGCGAGUAUAUGCCUUUAAGGACACUGUGGCAUCAGAGUUAAGUGAGGAGGACAAGCUGAAGAAGCUUGGUGACCUUAUGAACGAGAGCCAUUCCAGCUGUAGCGUUUUGUACGAAUGCAGCUGUCCUGAGCUGGAAGAACUUGUAAAUUUAUGUCGGGAACACGGUGCCUUUGGGGCAAGACUUACAGGAGCUGGAUGGGGUGGUUGUUCAGUCGCUUUGGUGAAAGAGAGCAUUGUACCACAGUUUAUCCUCAAUUUGAAGGAACGGUUCUACCAGUUAAGGAUUGACAAAGGGAUCAUUAACAAGAACGAUCUUGGCCUGUAUAUUUUUGCUUCCAAGCCGUCAAGUGGUGCUGCGAUCUUCAAGUUUUAGUAUGUGUCACUUGCUCGCCCUUUUCCUUUUAUUGGGUAGAGAAACAGCAACUGCUGCUAUUAACUUGUGCCGAGAAACCACAUAAAGAAUCUCGUCUAGUUGAACAAAAUCCAACGAGAUAAUUUUAGAAUUUUUUUAGGGUUCUGGGUUUUUUUUCUUUUUGUUUCUGGAAGUUGUAGGUUUAUCCUUUGUAUACUCCUGUGUACUUGGUAUGCCUAUUUCUUCAAUAAAAUUAUUACUUAUAAAAAAAAAAAAAGAGUUUUUAAGUGAAAUGGACUUUUAUCGACGUCGUUGUCACAAAUCCUAGGGUUGGCCGAAAAUAAACAGAGUUUGUUGCCUGUGAAAGGAAAUUACUAUGAUACCAAAUUCUGCCCAUUUCAGCAGAGCUACUCGAUUACAAUAUUUCAUUACUAAUGACAAUGUUCACCAGUAUUA